GUGAGCAGUAUUCCAGCAGUUCACAGUACUGUUCGUUUUUCGCGUUCUUUCACAGUAGCUGAAAUUGAGGAACGAUGGUAUGAACUGCUCUACGAUGAGGCUACUUCAAGUGUUGCAAAGAAACGAAUCGCUGAUCUUUCAGUGGAAGCAAUAACUGCUGUGCAGUCGAGGACAGUUUUCACGGCCGAGGAAGAGCGGCUUCUCUCCACUGUUCCUUCAACAACAUGCGGCAACGAUUUCACACCAUUCAAAGAGAUUUUGGAAAAAAAUAAGGAGGUAUUCCAUCAUGCUCGUACGCCAGCAGUACUUCAACAGCACUGGCUUGAAAUGCGAAAUUGGGAUUUAUUACAAGAUCAGAAGAAGCCGAGCAGCCGUGUUCUGGAUUAUGCUGAAAUUGAGCAAAAUCUGGAAUGGGAUGAUGAUGAAGAGGAUUGGCAACAUACGGAUAUCAUGGAGAUGCGCCUCUAUAAACGCAUCGCAUUGACCGAUCGUACAUGGCAACAGUGGCGAAAGGCAAAUUCUCUUUUUUUUUACCGAUAA